UAGCUAUUUAUCGACGGGCGGCAGUCGCGGGGAGACUACUGUCUCACAGAUCUUUGCGGAAUAUCGAGUACAGAUACCUUUCGCGUACGCCUACAAUGAUUGGUUUCAAUGGCUGACAUCGUUAAAGCUUACCUUGUAUGGGUAACGCUCAAAACAAAAAAUACGACGGGAGUUAUUUAUCAAAAAUAAAGGACACCACGAGCGCGAUCGCGAAAAAUAAUCCUAUCAUCGAUCAUACAUAUCGAUCUUCUCCCUCCACCCUCGGAAAAAGUUAUCGUACAAGUAAACCUAUCGUCAUCGGAAGGAGUUCGUUUGAGAAGAGACAAUGGGUAACAUCAAGUCGAGAAGAUCAAGAAAAGAUAAGAGCAAGAAAGCUAAGGGUGAUGAUAGAAAUCGAAGUUCCGAUAUGGAAGAUGACUAUGACGAGAAUGAAGAUAUGGAAAUGAAAUGGUUGAGAAGAACCAUAAGGAACGAACCAGAACACUUUGUACUUAAUAAUCUUAUGAUGUGCGUGCAAUUCUUUGGAAAUUACGAAAAGGAUAUUGCACGCAUUAGGAAAGGCUUGGUGUCGUCUCGCGAAGCGGACUUAAACGAACAAUUGGCUCCGCAUAAGCAUGUCUUAUUGCCGGAUGUUCUUCAGGAAGAAGUAGCACGGAACGUAGGCUUUACGUCGUCAAGACAAACUUUACGUCCAACCAUUGAACCACUACAACCCGUUCGAAUUUACGUUGUACACGACAACAUCGAGGUUAUCGAGGAAGAUGCAACUUAUAGUCCUAUGAACGAUAAUUCCAUUUAUAGUAUGAUAUUGAAACAAACCGAACAUCGAGGAUAUGUGAAACUACAACUGCAGGAUGAUACACCCCUAUUGAAAAAAGUGAUAGCGGAAGAAGAAUCAAAUGGUAUGAAAAACGACGAUGGCUUUUACAGUGACGGAGAUAGCAUAUACGGUUCAAAAUACACACGGAAUAGAGGACUAGAUAGGCAAUCCAAAAAUUCUCUUCGGUCUUCGAAGUACAAUCAUAGUAAUUCUAACCUUUACGACGAAGAUACUCUGUACGAAAAACAAAAAAGUUUUUCCCAAGAGAACAUUUACGAACCGGGCAGUUCUCAUGAUCGAAUCAAAGUCGAAUCGGAUCAUUACAAGGUACAUUCUUUGAUCGAGGAAAGAUCCUCUAGAGUUCCCGAACCACCUCCGAGAAACGGUUAUCCGAAUUGUGGAGGUCAUCAUUCAAGGACCAAACAUUACAAUAAAACGAAACUUUAUUCGAACUUUAGUCGAGCAAGUAGCAUCAGUUCUGGUUAUAGAUCCGGGAACUAUGUAGUCGACAGUGAUAGCGAUUGUAGCUGUAAUCAUACUUGUAACCUCUCGCGAAGUUGCGACGAUUUAUAUACUAGCGGUGAUGUAUCGAAGAAUACAGAAACCGACGAAGAUUCUGAUAUAAAUCAAAUACCACGGAAAUGUUUCAAAAAGAUCACUUACACCAGCGAGGGAAAAAUAUACGAUCCUCUCGAGGAAAGAAGAUAUCCAAUGAACAACAAGCAGAAAAGAAUACGACAGGUUCUUAAACGUUAUAAUUACAACGUCUUUUAUGUUAGCAGUCUUUACUUUAUGAAACAUUUUUUCGGAGUCUUCAUCCAUCAGCUAAUUGACGUUUUUGGAUUCGAUCACGACUCGGUGGAAGAUAUGAAACCAGAGGGUUGUAUUAUUUAUUACGACAAGGUAAUAAUAUCUCACGCAACGAAACUCACCAUGGUAGAACCUUACGAGAUCAUACCAAGUAUUUGGUCCCAAUGGCCCGAUGAUGCUAAAGAAUGGUUGAAUCGUCCUCGUAGUACCUGGCCCAGCGACGACGAUCUUGGGGAAAUAAGAAAUUUGGGAUGUUACAUAGUACCGGAAGGAUUUUCGCCUAGGAAGGGUAUAAAUAUUUAUGAAAAUAUUGAAUGGCUAUUGACGUUUCCUGCUGCCGAACGAUAUUUGGAAACUUGUAUGACAUCUGCUCAGAUACAAGUUUACUUGAUGGCACUGAUGCUGCACAAGACAUUUAUAAGGCCGGUAUUCGAUUCUAUGUUCGGACUGACGACGGCACACAUCAGGAAUAGACUUUUUUGGAUGAUAGAAGAGAAUGAUAGACCGAGUAAAUGGCCAAAUAAUCGGACUGGCGAGUGUCUAAUUAAAUUUCUGGAAUCCAUGUAUUAUUACAUCAGUCAAAACGAUCCGAUUCUAUCGGAUUAUUUUAUCAGAGACAGGAAUCUCUUUCAAAAAAUACCAAGCGAGCAUCUAUUACAUACGCAGAAGCAGAUCAAACGAAUUCUCGAGAAUCCAAUAAUGUACGUCUUUCAUGCGAUGGAGAACGUCAAGUAUAAUCAGCAAUUCUUUCCUCAAAUUAAUUUUGGAUUACUUUUAAACAUUCUUACCGCCAAUGUCUUGACGUUGAUUAAUCCGGCCCUUACCGGAUAUGUUCACAAACCUAUGUCCAAGUCGACCGAGGACGAGUAUAGUACGACAAAGAGCGGUAAACCUAUAUACACGGAUACCCGACCUGGUGGUUUUUGGGUGAAUGCCAAAAAUUUAAGCCGGACCGAGGAUGAGCAGAAGAUCUAUGCUAAUAGACCGACGGUGACUAACAAAACGCUGAUAAAUCCGCGUAAGGCAACGGAUUCGGUUAUCGAAAUUUCGGUACGAUGUGCCGAUUUGGAAGGCAUAAGGCUAUGCGCAUUAUUAGACUUUUUCAUCAGUCACUUCAUUAAAAUGGGCGAACGUUUUCAUCAAUAUCGUGCUAUCCAACAAAAGAUGAUGUAUUUAGAUCAGGCAGAUCGACUCUCUAUUCUUCUUUGCGAACAUCCAAGAUGGAAGGAAGAUGCUAAAGCAUAUCGCGAUAAAAUUAGGGUCCUUAGAAAACGGCAGGAUUAUAAAUUGGCCGAAAAUGUUCCACAGCAAAAGCCAAUUAGAAAUGUUGAAGAGUCAAUUUUUGCUGUGCCGUUGAAAAAUCGUUUUACUAAAGAAUCUCUAGAAAAAUUACCACCUGUUGCGAACGAAGCGAAGCAAUCGGACAUAAAGGAUCAUACGUAUGAUUCUGCGUCGGUAACGAAAGCAAUGAUUGAGGAGAGACCACGUACACCUCCUUCAUCCAGAAUAAAUCGCGCAGCGACACAGACUCCUCCAGUACCUAUCCCAACGGAUAAAGUAUCCAGUCCGACAAGGCGAGUACCUAAUCCAGUGGACAAAGUAACCAAUCCGACUAGGCGAGUAACUAGUCCAGUAAACAAAAUAUCCAAUCCGACUAGGCAAAUACCUAGUCCAAUAAACAAAUUACCUAGUCCGACUAGCCGAAUACCUAGUCCAACAAACAAAAUGUCCGGUCCGAUUAUGGAAGUAUCUUCUCCGACAAUGAAAGUUCAAAAUGAUCGGGAAAGUUUAAACUCAUCGGUGCCAAUAAGGGAUAAACAAGAAAAAUCGACGCACAGAGUUUUAUCGCUCGUAGAAAAUGAAAACGAUUCGUUCUUGUCCGAGACAACUUAUAUUUGAAUUAGUUUGAAUUCUCUUUAAAACAGUGUUCCUACAUAUAUGUAUGUAUACCUAGUGUUAAAUAGUUAAAGGACUAAAGGAAAGUAAACGUAAACGCAAACGUAUUUGAAAUUGAUGCGAGCCCUUAUUUGAUAUUUAUUGUUUUUAGAUUAUUUUGUAAAGUACGUGCGUUUCAACGAAGGACAAAUACUCGACGAAUACUUUUCGAUAUUUGAGAGAACAGUUACGAUGAAACAGAUUCGAUGUAGCAUUAACUGUAUAAAGUAUCCAUUUUAAUUCGAAUGCAAUAGGCAUAAGACAACUUGCUAUAAUUAAUUCUGUAUUAUUUUAACAAUUAAAGUAAUAGAAAUGGAAA